UUUUGUAUUCUGGUAUGACUUUUUCUAACACGAUGUAUUCAGUAAAUAUUCACAUAAUAUAUUAUGACUGUUUACGUAAAAAUCCUGAUAUAAUAAUUUGUUGUUACUAGAAAAUGUUCAACAGAUUGUCUUUAUUGUCCAAAAGGCUGACACGUCAUACAAAAACCCCACCCAUCAGUAGUUGGACCGUAUGAGUAUAGGAUUGUGAGGCUUAUAUUUUUGACCAAAAGUAAAUUAUGAUUUUCAGAGAAAGUAUACAAGGCAAUUGGUAGUAAAGUCUGACGAGCAAGUUAACGCUGAUUUGUUAAUGACAUUAAAAACAUAUGAUUACUGGUUUGUUCAUUUAAGACGAGCUCUGUUGAAAGUAGAACGUCCUGAAAUCAUAAUGCUGUUAAACUGGUCGGAUAUGGAAGAUGAUGGUGAGCAACCUGGACGUCAUAGAAGAACAAGAGCAGCAAACCAAACAGCCGUCGGUACUUCGUUUAAUCAAAGUGUGAGGAAUGGAGAAAGGAUUUUUAAUAAUAGUGGACGGGAUCGAGGUGACGUUGGGUAUACAUAUGACAUUCCCGAAUAUCUAACCAGAAACAGCGAUGUAAACUCUAAUGGAUACAGAAGAUCCGAAGUCAAUCAAAGAAAUUGUGUCGCUCAAAGAAACACAGAUAUUUGUCAUUACAACCGCACAGAAAAUAGAAAUGACCCUAAUUACGUACCCGAAAUUAAUUCAUGUGUAAAUAAAAGUCAAACAACAAAAGUUGGUGAACGCUUGGAUACACAUGAUAGGACAGCAAGCCUUGUCAGUAGAAGAGCAAAUAAUUCAGGUGAAUUCCAAUAUCAAGAGAACCGGAACGAUCUUAGUUGUACCGGUUUGCCUAAUAUUCAAGUCAGUAAUACAGCUGUGUCAAAUAACCAACCCAACAGUUUAAACGUUGCACCAGAACGCCCACCAUCACCAGCGGAUGAUAUUACUGAUAGUAAUUGCUAUGUAGAUAACAACGUAGUUACCACAAGGAACGACUCAAGGACUGAUGUUGAGAUCCAACAACAAAACCUUGAUUCCUAUUCCAAACAAAACAAAAUCCAAAAAUUAAUCCAGAAUUCUUCGGUAGAAUUAAGAAACACGAAUCAACACAGCAGUCAGAAUUCUGAUAAUGAAUCUGUAGAAAGGAGUACAGAUCUGUCAAGGGAUAACAUGAAUUUGGAUAAAUCGGGUUAUGUAAAGGAACUGGUAAAAUCUGCGCUUAAAAAUCCAGAACUUAUUCAUAAUUCAAAAGGAGAAAGGCAACAGGAAGAUAAUGGUUUUCAAACUAAGGGGAACUGCAGUGUUGUAAAUCCCGAAGAUCAAAAGAAAAAUAUCAAUUCUGACAGGUCCAUUAAACAGAUAACAAAAGAGUUAAAGCAGCAGCAUGAUGCAUAUCAAGAAAAGGAGGAAAAACCAUUCUUAAGUCCCGAUUCAGAAAUAACAGAUCCGAUACGCGAAAACCAGACCAAUCAGUCACAGCUGAAUUUUUAUGAAGAUAACUUCGGUGAUAUUAGGGAGAAUUUGACUUCACUCACAACUACCACAAACACAGGCUGCUCUCAGCCGAAAGAAAAUUUACAGCGCAGAGGCAUACCGGAAAUACCAAAUAAUCCUAGCAAUACCAGUAAUAUGGGGAUGAAUGGAAAUGGUGGCCAUUUCACUUCAUUUGGUGGUUCGACAAGUAACGCUUUAAACACUUCCUCUACUAUUGAUCUGCAGAACGAACCAAGCCGUGAAGUUGCAGUUUUCCCCAGCAAUCAAGAUAAUCACAUAGAUGUUACUAAUCGAGGUGUGCAUAAUGUAGCCCAGCCUUCAUCAACAGCUCAUUCAAUCAACAUGUGCAGUGGUGCUAACACUUCCAGCUGUGCCUCUACGAUUGAUCUGCUGAACGGUCCAAGAAGUGAGAUCGUGGUGGCACAGAUACAAAAUAAUACCCCAACAACAGAGCUUGGAAUUCCACCAGGAAAUGAAGUUGGCGUUUCACAGACCACUGCCAACAAUAACGAAGUGUCAUUUAACACCAAAAUCGCAAAUAAUGGAGGGAUAUAUGACAAUGCAAUGCCUUCAACCCUGGGUUCUCCAAACAGUUUUUCCAGUAACUUGGUUAACACUUCCUAUUCGUCUAGAGAAUCUGUCAGUACAAUAUCAACUGUGGAUCCUACAGGUUUAUCUGAAGGAGGUAGAAUAAGAAAUGAAUUUAGAAUUUCGGACAUGCCUGAUGAUGGCAAUGAUGAAUCACCAACAUUCAGUUGUAUAGUUGACGAACAAGAUUUUACAGCAACUGAUUUUAGUAGAAACAAUGGCGUAUUAAACUACCAGACCUUUAGUAACGACCUGAAUUUAUCUGGACCCAGCACAACAUCCACUGUUGACCCUAUGGGUUUGUCUGAAAGAGGUAUAAUAAGAAAUGAAGUAAGAAUUUCAGGCAUGGCUGAUGAUGGGCAUAAUAGAAUAAGAGAAAACAGAGAGACUACUUCUCGUUCGGUUCUAUCUAAUGACAUUCAAGGUUUUAAUCAGGAAGAUGAAGGGAUUAACGAACAUUUUUCUACGCAGGAAGAUCAACCUCUGACCGUACCAGAAGCAGGAUGGUUGUCUAGUAUGAACGCAUUUCCAUCCCUGUCUGAAAUUAUGAGCUAUGCUUUAGAUCGCUAACAUCAGAAUUAUGUGAGACUAUUUUAGGAUGAUUACAUGUGUGUUUGUGCCAUUAUAGAAGUCUAGAUUGUCAUUCUCAUAAAUAAUAGUUAAUGAAAUCCAUGACUAUGAACAAUUGUGUGUUAUGUUUUAGAUCUGAAACAUCAGCAUUAUAUGAGACUAUAUGAUUAACAUGAACACCUGAUCUGAUGUGUUUGUUGAUUGUGAUGUCUGUAUACUGUGCCUUGUCCGUAGAAUAGUCUUGUAUAUUUGUUUGUGUUUGGUGUAGCCCUCCUGCUCUUACUAUACGAGUGUGUGUGUCAUGAUAUAGAAGUCUAGAUUGUAGUUUGGUUUAGCUUUUGACAUAGUCAAUCUCAUAAAUAAUAAAUAAAAUCCAAGAGCAUGAACCCAAUCUCAAGAAUGAGAAAACAAGAUAUUGUAAUUUUGUAAGUUUGGUAUGCUACAAGAAAGGAUGUGAUAAAAAAAAGAUAGAUGACAUAAACUUUUUAUUCUAAUUAAAUAGGACAGCCUGUUCAACAAAGUUAACAGCAUGAUUUCAAAUUUAAAAAAAUUAAUUUUCUUUUCAUUCUUUGCAAUCUGAUAAAUGUCGUCACAAAUCACGUAAAAUUCAAAAGAUGAUAAUAAUAGACCUAUAUGAUAAUAGAUAAUGUUAUUAAAGGUGUGUAACUGUUUUAAUGUUGUAGUGUGAAAGUGAUAUUUUAUUACUAAGACAUUUACGUCUGACAAACGUUAAUGAAUGACGUUACAAAAGAAAUAGAAAAUGUCGGUAAAAUAUAAACACAACAAUGAAAGUGUGAAAUUGCAAGGAAUGAAAUUGCUCAAAAGAAAGCUUUCAGAAAUGUUUCCAAGACAUUGAUAUUUAUUUGAAAUGUUUCCAAGAGACAUAUUUAUUUGUGAAUUAGAGAUUCGUGUUUUAAAAUGUGAUAUGUACAUAUUAAUAUAUUUUAAUUGUUCAAUCUGUGUGUAAGUAUUUAAACACAUUAUUUGGAAAUUAUGUCGAUAGAAUUAUAAAAAAUCAAUUUAUUUGUA